UUGACGACUUUAUUCUUACAAGAAAAAAGUCCUAAAUUUGAUGAUAAUGUCGUAUAUUUACUAGAUUAAAGUUGUAUUCUAGUAUUCAACAAUAAAAUUAAGGUAAAGGUAAUAUUCCAACUUUUUUCUUGUAAAGUUAUUACUAUUUUUUACGGCUUUAUUCUCAUAAAUUUACUACUUUAUUCCUACGCAUUUUUCUCAUAAGUUUACUACUUUAUUCUUAUGAGAAAAAGUGCGUAAAAUUUACAGUAAAGAAAGUCAUAAAUUUACAAUAAAUAAAGUUAGCGUUGCCCAAGGCCAAAUGUCACGUAAGUCCCCCCCUUUUCAUAGCUGUCCCGGGCCAUGCCUGUUACAAUGGCGUAUUCAUCUGAGAUUUUGAGAAUAAAGACGUUCAUUUACGAGAAAAAAGUCAUAAAUUCCCGAGAAUAAAGUGGUAUAUUUACCAGAUUAAAGUCGUAUUCUAGCAUUUCAAAGUAAAAUAAAGGUAAAGGUAAUAUUCUGACUUUUUUCCUCGUAAAUUUAUUACUAUUUUCCUGAAAUUUGCGACUUUAUUCUCGUAAAUGUAUGCAUUUUUCUCGUAAGUCUACUACUAUAUCCUUACGAGAAAAAAAUGCGUACGUUUACGAGGAAAAAAAAGUCAUACAUUUACAAGAAAAAAGCCGUAAUAUUACCGUUGCCCAGAUACACGUAAGUCCCCCCCCUUUUCAUAGUGCAUUUACCACAAUAAAGUUGUACAUUUACAAGAAAAAACAGUCAUUGCCUGAGAAGGGCUAGCUGUCCUAAUCUAAAUGCUCAACUGCUCUGUUUUGCUGCCACGUUGUAAAUAAAAGCUUGCCUGAAGCAAGAGGAAAGCUUCCUUCCUUAAGCGCUGUGCUCUAUUUUCCCUCCGACACGUAUGACACCAUCACACCUCACAUUAACACUUUAUUCUCCUAAUCUCACAUUUUCUUUCCCCCAUGUGGCCCUAAUACUCCAUCUGAAGAAUUAAGUGAAACUGUAAUUAAAAAAAUAAAUAAAAGCCAAAGCACCAGCAACCUUUCCAUCUCAGUAAUAAGACCACUACACUGCUCACUUGUUACGGUUGCUAGAUGCUGUUGACGGGCCAAAAUGAAGUUUUUCAUGAAUUAAUGGGAGCGUGUACGUCGUGAAACCGAGGGCCGCCUGUAUGGAAGUAUAACAAUGUUGCAAUAGCAGCAACACAACAAAAGUACGCAUGAGAAAUGUUAUUCAUCCAUCCGCCCGCCCCCUAGAGCAGGGGUGGCCAAACUUUACCCAGCAAGGGCCACAGUGAAGAAUGAAAGGAUGCUUGGGCCAUUUGAUAUAUUUUAAAAAACUGCAUCUCAGUUUUGUGAUUGUGAUCUAUUAAUAGUACCAACUCUGCUUUUUAUUUAUUUUUUUAUUUUUUACUCUUUUUUUUUCCCCCUUUCAAAUUAUUUAUAUUUCUUCUCGUAAUACUAUGACUUUUUUUCCAGAAUAUUUUGCCUUUAUUCCCAUAACGUGAUAACUUUUUCGCCAAACUAAUAAAAAAAAAAAUGACAACUUAAUUCUUUUUUGUUUCUCAUAAUAUUACAUUAAAACAAUAAUGUUUUUUCUUCCAUGUUUCUGCUUUAUGCUAUCAACAUGACGUUAUUUGUCCCCAUAAUAUUACGGGUUUAUUCUCAUAAAAUUUUGACUUUUUUCCUCGUUAGAACGCGCCUUUUUUCGUUUUUUGUUUUUGUUGUCUCUCCCCCCCCCAACUAUUUGUCAAUUUUCUUUUCGUAAUAAUGUCUUUACUCCCAUAUUUUGACUUUAUUCUUGUUGCGUUACAACAAUUUCCGCAACCUAAUUUUCCAAGAAUCACAACUCUGUUUCAUUUGGUUUUUCAUAGCAGGUUGAAUUUUUCACAAAUACUUUAUUUGUUGUCAUAAUUACGAGAUAAAGUCAAAAUUAUAAGGAUAAAAAGUCAAAAUUGUGUGAUUAGAAAGUCAAACAAAUUAUGAGAUAAAAACUGGAAAUUAAGAGAUAAAGUCGCAAUAAGUCAUAAUCAAGAGAUAAUCAUAAUUACGAGAAAAGUCAAAAUCAUGAGAUACAAAGUCAGAAUUAGAUUAAGUUUAAAUUAUGAGAUUAAAAAGUCAAAAUUAUGCGAUUAAAAAGUCAUAAUUAUGAGAUAAAGUCAUGAGCUACUGUAAGAAUGUAAUGUGAAAUUGUGAGAUAAAAUCAAAUGAGAUAAAAAGUCAAAAUUAUGAGAUCCAAAGUCAUAAUUAUGAGAAUAGCAAAUCAUAAUUAUGAGAUUAAAAAGUCACUGAGAUAAAGUCAAACCAAAUGAGAUAAAAAGUCAAAAUUGAGAUAGUUGCAAUUAUGAGACAAAAAUUCUAAAUUAGAUGAAAAAUUAAAAUUAUGAAAUAAAAAGUCAUAGUUAUGAGAGUCUAAAAUAUGAGAUGAAAAGUCACAAUUCUGAGAGUCAUAAUUAUGACGUUCCAUUAAUUCAUUAAAUGAGAUAAAGUCAUAAUUAUGAGAUUCAAAGUCAUGAGAUAAGAAAGUCAAACCAAAUGAGAUAAAAAGUCAAAAUUAUGACAUAAAGCUGCAAUUAUGAGGCAAAAAUUCAAAAUUAUUUGAGAUGAAAAGUUCAAAUUAUGAAAUAAAAAGUCAGAUUUAUGAGACAAAGUCCUAAUUAUGAGAUAAGUCAAACCAAUUGAGAUAAAAAGUCGAAAUUAUUAGAUAGUUGCAAUUAUGAGACAAAAAUUCAAAAUGAGAUAAAAAGUCAAAAUUAUGUAAUAGUCAAAAUUUUGAGACAAGAAAGUCAUAAUAAUGAGAUGAAAAAGUUCAAAUGAUGAGAUAAAAAGUUAAUAAUCAUGAGAGUAUAAAAUAUGAAAUGAAAAGUCACAAUUUUGAGAUUAAAAAGUCAUGAGAUAACCAAAUGUGAUAAAAAGUCGAAAUUGUGAGAUAAAUUCGCAAUUAUGAGGCAAAAAUUCAAAAUUAUGAGAUGAAAAGUUCAAAUUAUGAAACAAAAUGUCCUAAUGAGAUAAGAGUCAUAAUUAUGAGAUUAAAAAAAUUCAAAUUAUGAGAUAAAAAGUCAUAGUUAUGAGAUAGUCAAAUCAAAUGAGAUAAAACGUCAAAAUUGUGAGAUAAAGUUGCAAUUAUGAGAUAAAAAGUCAAAAUUAUGAGUCAUAAUUACGUAUGCGUUCCAUUAAUUCAUUAAAUAAUGAAAGUCAUAAAUAUAAGAUUAAAAGUCAUGAGAUACGAAAGUCACCAUUAUGAGAAAAGUCCUAAUCAGAUAAAAAGUCGCCUUGGUCACACGGUACUCGGCACAUGUGCAGUUUGCAUCUCAUCAUUCUGACUGUUGUUGUCGUCAUUAGCUGCUAGCCGGCCAGCGACUGGCUUCACCACACACCAAAGGUAACGCUACAUAUUGGCGCUGCCGCCAGUGCUGCUGUGGUUUUGCUUUUGGGUUUAGGCGUGGCGUUCCUUUCUAUGUUGUUAUGUGAAUUCAAUGCGCCCAGGAAGGAAGUUCUGCUAAUGCUUGAAAAUGAGCAAAAUCCUACGUACCGCAGCUGAUUGGGCGUCCAGAAGAACGUCCCGCUCAGGCGCAGGCGGGGAGCUCCAUGUUGGAGCCGGAUGCUCCCCAGCCCCCCCACGUCAAAGAGGAAGAGGAGGAGCUCUGGAUCACCCACGAGGGCGAGCCAGAGGAGGCCGAAUUCACUAAGUUGCCACUGACUGUCGUCUCGGUGAAGAUCGAAGACGACGAUGAAGAUAGACCGCAAGCGGACGACCUCAUGGCGCCGCUGUCCGACAGCGAGGCUGAAGGCAGGGUUGGUGGAACGCCGAGGAGACGGACGGCGGACGUGAGGGCUCAUGCUGACGACAAACACUCUGAACGCGCCAACAGGGAGACGGCGAAAGAACGUUUCAUCUGCUCGGUUUGUGGCGAAACCCUGUCUUUCCGAAGUGCUUUGACUCGACACAUGCGGACUCACAAGGGGGACAAGCCCUUCAGUUGCUCGGUUUGCAGCAGAACUUUUGCUCGAAAGGACAUCUUGAUUGAACACAGGAAGACGCACAGCGGAGAGAAAGCCUUCAGCUGCUCAGUUUGUGGCGACAAAUUUGCCCACAAGACCACAUUGAACAGACACAUGAGAAGGCACACCGGAGAAAAACCCUUUCGAUGCUCGUUCUGCGGCAAGCUUUUCUCUCAGAAGAUCCACAUGGUGAAACACGUGGCGAUACACACGGGACAAAAGCCGUUCGCUUGCUCGGUUUGCGGCAAAAGCUAUGCUCUGAAGUCCAAAAUGAUGGCGCACAAGAGAACGCACGCCAUAAGGAAACCCCUGAGAUGUGCUGUUUGUGGCGAUAAAUUCACACACAGGUUCUCCCUGAAUAUCCACAUGGAAACGCACAAAGAAGAGAAACACUUCAGCUGCCCCGUUUGUGGCAAAGCGUUCUCCCUGAAGAAAAUUCUCAUCGGACACAUGAGAACGCACACGGGGGAAAAGCCGUUUACGUGUGCGCUUUGUGGCAGAGCGUUUUCGCUGAAGAAAAUAUUGACCGUGCACAUGAGGACGCACACGGGGGAGAAACCCUUCAGCUGCUCAUUCUGCGGCAAAGGCUUCACACAAAAGGCGCACAUGCUGUCACACAUGAGGACUCACACAGGGGAGAAACCUUUCAGCUGCUCCAUUUGCGGCGACACGUUCUCCCAGACGUCCACGCUGAAAAGACACAUGAGGACGCACACGGGAGAGAAACCUUUUCGCUGCUCCAUCUGCGGCGAAAGCUACUCCCAAAAGAGGAGUCUGACGGCACACAUGCGGACGCACGGCGGAGAAUAAGCGUUGGCGCCGAACGGUCGGACCGAGUGAACGCGGAUGGUGGAGUUUUCCGCUCACAAAGUGUUCAUCAGUGAAAUAAAAGUAAUGAAACCCUUGAUGGCACGCCUUAACACAUUAGGAAAUGUAUGUUUGCUAGACUAGUUCUUUGUCGUACUAUGAUUCUUGCCAAUAAAUCUGAUCACGGAGGAUCAAAGUAUGCAUUGGUGGUCAUUUUGUACUGUUUGUUGAAUAUAAUGAGGUAAUUAUACACAUUAUCAUCCCUUGAUGGCCUGUCAUGAGAUGGCAAUGAGUACUAACCUUUUUAGACUUGCAAUUCAACUUGUUGACUACUUUUCCCCAACAUUACUUUCCUAUAGCGUUAUAGAAAAUGCUCAGCAGUCCUUUUACAAGAAUAAAGUCAAAAUAUUAUGGGAGUAAAGUCAUAAUUUUAAGAAAAGAAUUGACAAGAAGAAAGCUGAAAUAGUUGGUUUGGUUUGGUUUAUUUGAACAUGAAGGUUCCAAUGGAAUACAUCUCAUGAAUCAUCCUUUCACAGUUCCACAUGUCCAAAAGGAGUAGGAAGAAGCAAAGCUUAUUUAAUCCUACCCCCCAUCCAUUCUACAUCUAGUACAGUACAUGUAGUUCACUUCCUGCAUUCCAUGUCAUGUUUUCUGUGAUAGUCAGGAUAAUACAUAAUAGAUAACGGUAAGAACCCCCCCCCCCCAAAAACAACAAACUCGACAGAACAUCAUUGUGAUGAUCAAGACUCUUCUGCCUUGUAUUUAGCAAACAUCAACUGCUUGUAUUGUUUUUUGAAUUUGCUCAUCUCUGUACAUUGUUUGAGUUCCUUACUCAAUCCGUUCCAUCAUUUAAUUCCACACAUGGAAAUGCUGUGGCUUUUCAGCGUAGUUCUCGCAUAUACAGUAAAUGUUUUAAGUUUAACUUUCCUCUAAGAUCAUAUUUCUCCUCUCUGAUUGAGAAAUACUGUAUGAGGUUUUUGGGUAACGAGUUGUUAUUAACUUUAUACAUUAUUGUAAAUUAAAAAAGAAAAAUCUACAGCAAAAAUGAAAUGAGAGUAAAGUCCAAAUAUUCAGGGAAAAAAAGUCACAAUUUGACGAGAAUAAACUUAUAAUAUGAGGAAAAGUAAUGUAUUAUCUAGUUGGAGUAUAGAGUUGACAUUUUUUCUAAAUUAAAGUAAAAAUAUGGGAAUAAAGUCAUAAGAAAAAAAAUUACAAGCAGAAAGGACAUUUUAAAAAGUUCAAAUUUAAUGAGAAUAAAGUCCACAU